GGGAGGGAGGACGAUUUCCUUUCUGUAACACACACGCUACAAGAUCACACCGGGAAAACGGAGAGAGCUAAGAAAAUAAUAGGCGAGAGAAAAGAAAGAGAGAGAGAGAGAGAAAAGAGGGAGAAGGAAACACCGCAGCCCCUCCGUCAGUCCAUCCGUCCGUUGUUUUGUUUUUUUCAAGGGGGGAGAAAAAAAAAUCGUCUUUUCUCUUUUAACGCAGACCUGCGGACUAACAUGGGGGAGAAGAGAGAGCUCCUGACGAGGAUUGACUUUCAGUGAACCUCUGUGCUGCAAGUCUGUGGCCACUAGACAGGAGAGGAAGAGGAGAAAAAAAGGCGACAGGGAAGACAUGUUUGAGGGUUUUUUUUUUUCCUCGUCUUGAGGUUGCGGUAGGAUGUUGAUGUUGUGCUGUUGAAAACACAGACGGCUCUCUCUCUCUUCCUAAUAAAAGAAGGAAAUAUAAAAACGAGGGCAGAUGGAAAUUGGGCGGUAGGUUAUGCUCAGGAGCCAUCGGUGUUUAUUUAAUUGGUUUGUUAUGAUCUGAAAUAACGUAGGCCUCUCAGGCAGCCCCGCAGUAAAUAAAUACACGGUCAGCAAACAAGAGGGGGGCUACAUAGCUGGAAAUUAACCUGCUUAUAUUUCAGGGGACGCGUGUGUUUUUUGUUUUUUUUUUGUCAUUGGAGCCACCGUGUUUUUGUAAGGUAAAAAGCAGUUUGUGAGAUUACAUUUCUUAACUCCGGGAGCCAAAACAUUUCCAGAUACAUCAACUCUUUAAGGGGGUCAUACAAAGGCCCAGUGGAAAACACAGUAAAGGCUACUUGGCUUGCAUUAAAGGACUAUUUUAACGCAGGCUGGCUUUAAGCACAAAGGUGCACAAGAGUAGGUGUAGUUAUAUAUCUAUAUAUAUCCUGCCCACAGUUUUAGCUCAAGGCAGGGGACAAAAGAAGAUUUUUAAAUGUUAAUGUCGACCGACGUUGCAUCCAUCAUGCUGCCUGUGUCCCGGGGUCUCAUGGACCGGGAUAGAGAGCUGGACACCAUGGCCGGGGUGCAUCCCAAUGCGGGCGGCGCUCCUGCGGUUGUCCGGGGCAUGAAGCGCGGAGACCCGGAGCCCGACGGACAGACAGCGGCGGCUCUGGUGGACUCGGCCGGGGCGGAGUGCAAGCGUCCCCGGAUCGACGGCUCAGGAGUGAUCGGCGAGGUUGGUCAGAACAACGACCCUUUGACCCUUGGUUACCAUGGCUACCCGUCUCAUAGUCAGGGCUCUCAGGAUAGUGCUGGCGGUCAGGAGGGACUCGUACCACCACCUUUCUCCGCGUUCCCGCCACCUCCACCGCCGCCCCCCCAGAACGGCUUGGCCCUGGAUUACGGGGGCAGCCUGUACGCAGCGGGGGCCGUCCAGGGCCCCGUGGAAGCCGGUGGAGCAGCGAACAGCGCCGCCAACGCUGCCAACAGUCUCAAUGCUCAACAGUCAGAUGGGUCUUCCCAGAUUGACGUUCAGUCAGGGGUUGGCUCAGGAGGAGGAGGUGGUGGAGGGACUGUUGGGAUUGAUUCAGACGACAAGGGGACCCCCAAACGCCUCCACGUGUCCAACAUCCCCUUCCGCUUCCGAGACCCUGACUUACGGCAGAUGUUUGGGCAAUUUGGCAAAAUCCUCGACGUCGAGAUCAUUUUCAACGAGAGGGGAUCCAAGGGCUUCGGUUUUGUAACGUUCGAGACCAGCGCGGAUGCAGAGAGGGCCAGAGAGAAGCUUCAUGGUACGCUGGUGGAAGGACGUAAAAUCGAGGUCAAUAAUGCCACAGCCAGAGUGAUGACGAACAAGAAGAUGACCACACCUUACUCUAACGGAGAGGGCCUCGCAACUCUGCCAUACGCUGGAUGGAAGUUGAGUCCCAUGGUUGGAGCCAUGUACAGUCCUGAACUUUAUACAGUACCGGGGUUUCCGUACCCAGCAGCAGCAGCAGCUGCCUCCACCGCUGCGACCUUUCGAGGCGCUCAUCUGCGGGGUCGUGCCCGGCCUGUCUACAGUGCAGUCAGGGCAGCUGUGCCACAACCUGCCAUCCCUACCUACCCGGGUGUGAUGGCCUAUCAGGAUGGCUUUUACGGUGCAGCUGAUCUCUAUGGUGGCUAUGCAGCGUAUCGUUAUGCCCAGCCGACUGCAGUAGCAACUCCUGCAGCAGCGGCGGCUGCAGCGGCAGCUUACAGUGACAGCUACGGCCGAGUUUACACAGCAGACCCCUACCAUGCUGCCCUCGCCCCAGCUGCCUACGGUGUUGGAGCCAUGGCCACACUGUACAGGGGAGGCUACAGUAGAUUUGCCCCUUACUAAAGACACUACAUUUCCCAGGAGCUCCUCUCUUCCAUUGAUUUACUCUGAAAGAGCUCCCUCUGUUGUCGUGGAGUUGGACUGCAUCCAGUUUUAAAGUGUGGAGUCGACCACAACAAAGAUAUUUCAAGAUCCCACCCCUGAGCAGUCCCACGUUUUCUUAUAUACGCUACUACAGAAAUAGAGGAAUGCUGUAUUAAAGACUGACGGAUGGCCUUUGCAUAAAAAAAAUAAGAAAAAAAAAAUAUAAAGACUCAAAAUGGCCACCUUCCCUAUUGCACGGCUGUAUUAUAGUCCCCCCCCUCCUCCCCCCUUCUUAUUCUCUCGGCACUCAGCAGCACAAGACUCGGGAUGGAGGCCAGAUGUUCUUCCAAAGGCUGUAUGUGGAUAACUGACAUUUAAAUAGCUGUCAACCAUGUAUGAGAAAGUGCUCUGUGGCCUGCACACACUCAACAUUAAAGGAAAAAGAGAGGGAAACGAGCAAUCACAGCGCCCACAAAACGUCGGAGCGGUAGGAAGCAGGAAGGUGCCUCGAAAGAGCACCUAAAAACAUUUUGAACCAGAAUGAUGAGUCACUAAAAUGAUUUAAAAAAAAAAAUAAAACCCACUGGUGGAUUUUUAUAAGUCCUCUUUAACGUGGGCGGAUAGUAAUGAGAGAGGAUUUCCAUUCUUGCCGUGUUCUGGUAGAGGGAGACUGAACAUGGAGGCUUGGAGAGAUGAUGUGACGGUUUAUAACGCUACAGAAAUCACGUCCGAAAGCUGAAGGAGGGAGGGUUAUUAGAGCUGUUCCUUACCUCAAGUUUUCUUAGUAUGUGGAAAUGGUGAACCUUUAAACUUAAAAUUGUUAUGAUAUGCAAAGAAAUUAGUUUAGAGAAAAAAGUUACCAAAUUAUUAUUAUUAUUAUUAUUGUAAUUAUUCUCAUUAUUAUUCUUAUUGAACCAUUAUUUUGUCUGAUUCAGCAGCAGCUGCUGCUGUUAUGGGGCACGUAGUUUCAACAGUGAACCUUGGGGUUGAAAAUCAGAAAAUGAGCAUCUGUGUUUAAAAAUAUUCCACCUUUUGACUUCGUGACACAUAUAUAGUCUCAGAUCAUCCUCCUCACGCACAGGAUUUCACCACCAAACACUACAAAACGUUCAGCACUACACUUCAAAGAUUGAUUUUAGCUUUAGAUUCAAACUAAAUUAUCCACCCACAACCCCGAGGUUCAAGUACUUGUUGAUCCUUUAAUGUAGAGAUUUAUCAUUUGGAUUUUCCCCACACGCUCCAUCAUUUAUAGAGCAAAGUCCAACAUCUGAAUGAGUCUUCCUGAAACAUACUUUAGUUGGUAAUUGUGUUCGAGAUGCUGCCAGCAGCCAUUACUGAGCAAGAGAGAGAUUCUGUCGGUGAGUUAAUAGAAAAUAUUUAAAUGCAAAACACCUUACUAUUGUGCAUAUUUCUAUACUGUUGUAUUCUAUAUUUCCAAAACGUGGCUUUUUUUGGCUUUUGUUUUUGUUCCAAAGAUUUGUAGAAAGCACAUUUUUCUGCCGUAUGUAUAAAUAUAUUAUCUUUGUUAUUGUUAUUAUCAUAAUCCUUGAUAAUCCUAUUGCUGUCUUUAUUUACUUCUUUUUCAUCUUCUGUUUGACUUUUUUUUAAAUAUAUAUAUCAGUAAGUGUUGUUCCUUCUCCAGUAAGGUGCAAAGUAAAAUUUUUUUUCCCUUCUGCUAUGGAGUAAAGAUCUUGAGCCGAGAGGCCGAGAGCGUACCUGAGGUAUGCGUGUAACACUACCAAACUUUUAUCCUCUUAGUUUAAUUAAUCCCGGCUACUGUUUUAUUUGUUUUUGUUUUGUUCUGUUCUGGGUUGACCAUAGGAAUCCGUUAGCAUGACAACUGAUUAUAUUUCAAACUAUACAGGAACAGUUGGAUUUUUUCCCCUUUCUUUUUUGUGUCCAUAUUUAUGCAGGUGACUGAGACAUUAGGAAUGAAUUAGGUCUGUAGCACUUUUGGUAAAAAAAAAAAAAAACCAACUGUGUUCCUCUCCUUUUUUUGAGUUUUCCGUUUAUUUUGAUUGUUUGUUGUUUUCAAGCGGACUCCUUACAUUUCAGUGGUUAAAUCUGUCAGCUUGGCCAGUGCGGUCGCUCCAGGUUUGAUUGAAGAUAUCUAGUAAAAUGUCUGAAAGUGUUAUCUCUCAUACCUAAGCAGGAUAAUAUUCCAACUUGGUAAAAAUGUCAUUGUGGGAUAUGAUCUAAGUUGUGUGUUAAAUGGGGCGUUUCUUUGUUUUUUUUGUUUUACCCAUUAACUACUUUCUAAGCUACCGUUGUGUUUUCCAUUUCUCACACUAGGAAAAACAUGCAGGUCAAUAAGAUGUUUUUUUUUUUCCUAUUAAAUGUGCUGCUGUUGGGUUUUCUCAUGACAUUUAACAUUUCUUAUUAAACAAUUCCAAGUUACUAUCGAAUGUGCUCUGGACAAAAAUAAAGGGGGAAAAAAGAAAACCUAGCCAAAGAUGCUAACUAACAGUCCCCAGCACGUUCUGGUUCCCAACUUGAGAAGUGCUACAUAAAAAUACACAACAAUGGACUUAACAAAGCCACUGAAGGCAUGGACAAACCAGCAUGAGCGAUAAUUGUCAAGUUAAAAAAAAAAAAAAAGUUUUGCAUGAAUCUUGUGUCUUUCAUAUUUGACUCCUGAGCAGCCGAGCCCAGUUGCGUUCUUCUUUACCACUAAACUCUAUGUUAGGAUGACCGGCAGCUAGCAGUUUGAAGCUAGUUAACACAACAAAGAGCACAGUGAUGUUCGGCAAAAAGGCCUGCUGACAAACAAAAUGGCUGCCGCACAAAAGAACAAGUGGCAGCUUCAUUUUCCUGUCGUGGUUUUCUUGCCACUGUAUUAUAGUAAACUAUGUGGCCGUUCUUCAUAGUUGCUAUCUCAAUGACCAGUCCUCUUCCCUCUGUCAUGUCUAUCCCUCUUGACUGCCAUUAUGUUUUUUUGUUAUUGAAUGUCCAUAUAAAAUGUUUUAUAUAAAAAUGUUUUGUUGUGAUCAAG